CAAGACGAUGACCACCACAAUACUUGUGACUCCAUUUUCUAAUUCAUCAACACCACCUACUCUGCAGCAGAGUCCAGAGGUUAACCGCUCUGACCUGUCCUCACAGACAAAUGGCACUGCAACUUCCAACCACCUUCCAAAUUUGUUGAUGUCCUGCUUCACUAUGACUUUUGGCACCAUCUCCAACCUCACGGCUUUGGCAAUCCUGGUUAAAUCACGAGGAAGGUUCCAGCGCCAGUCUAAAGCACCGUUUUUUCAUUUAACCGUUGCAUUACUUUUGGCUGACCUUGGAGGUCACCUCAUCCUAGGUGCCUUUGCGUUGCUUAUGCACAUAAAUAAGAGGUACCCAACUUCUUCAAACAACAAUGAGAAGUUUUGCCCUUUUUUCGGAGCAAGUAUGGUGUUUUUUGGGUUAUGUUCCUUACUGAUUGGAGGUGCCAUGGCAGUUGAGCGCUGUGUUGCGAUCACUCUACCCUUUUACCACAUGUCCACAAUUACAGUGGCCCAUGCACAGGGAAUUUUGUUGUUUUUGUGCUCUGUUGCAUGUGGUCUGGCUCUACUACCUGUAUUUGGUGUGGGGAAUUACACAAUCCAGUUUCCUGACACAUGGUGCUUUUUGCAAAUUCACAAUCCUGUGGACAAAACCCUUGUGAUGACCUUUUCCUGUCUGGGCCUCACUGCACUCACUCUCUCUCUGCUUUGCAACAUCCUGAGUGGCCUGGUGUUACUCCAGGCCAGAAUAAAGUCCAGCAGCAGCACUAAUCCUUCAGCACGUUUUGCUAGACGAGGAUCAUCUGCAUCGUCGUCAUCCUUGUUUUGUUCGCUGGAUAUGGAGAUGAUAAUACAACUUGCUGUGAUCACCGCGGUGUCCUGUGUCUGCUGGGGCCCCUUCCUUGUACAUAUUACUAUAAUCCAGCACAAAUUAAGUCUAGGAGUGCCGGCUAACAUGGAAGAUGGAUUCACUCUACUGGGUUUACGAAUGGCUGCCUGGAAUCAGAUACUAGACCCAUGGGUUUACAUCUUACUGAGAAAAACAGUGCUUUCAAGGGUUUGCCGUGGAUUCUACUUUCAGAGAGCAACAAUGUCUCCAAACAACUAUUCCGUAGAAUAUCGAAGAGAGGCAUUUCACUUGCAAUAACCAAGUUUUCUUAAAAAGUCCCACACCAAUUAUUUUUUAUCUUUAUUAUCUUUCUUAAUUAUGAUUAUGACAUUUUUAAGCAUAUCAAAAAAUCUGUGUUGGUUUCUAGGACAUAGUUUCUGCAGAGCAGCAGUAGUUUGUUAGAAAUUUGCCUCUGAGUUGUGGGCAGGACUGUUGGUGGGGAGUGUGCCUGUACUCAUUUCCCAUCUCUUUGUUUACACUCCACACUCUAUAUUACAACCCCAAAAAAACAUUAUUGUGUAAAAAAAAAAAAAAAGUCAAACAAUAUCAGAUGUAUGCAGCCAUACAGCCCAAUGGGGCAAAUUAUUUUGUGAUUUUGGGCUAUAUAAAUAAAAUAAAAUUGAAAUUGAGAAUUGAAUAAAGUUCGAGCCAGAUCCAGCGAGGAAGAGAGACUUGCAUGGAACUAUUUGACUGCAUGUACAUGCAUCAAAAUUAGCAGGGAAUUUGUGACCCGUCAAUAGUACUUUAUACAACUACAAGUUUUUUCAAACUGAAUUUUUCGUCUGCUCCUGAUUCACCUCAAAUUUAAUAAGGAAAUACUCAGAAAUGCAAUUUUCUGAUUAAUUUUCUUUAUAUCUGUCCUCUGGCAUGAGAAGAAUGCUACAAGAACUAGUUAAAAACACUAUUUUCUUUGGAGUGGGUCUUUAAACUUUUAAUCAUUAUUUUGAUGUAAAGUAUUAUAUUUGACCUUUAGCCUUUUUCACUUAAAAAUCUUUCCUUAAUAAUUGAAUUGCACUAGCCACACAGCGAGUGGCGUCUAGCAAUUCAAAGGCGUAAAGUUAGCAAAGUAGUUAAGCGUCAAACUUUAUUUCACAACAUUUAUUUAGUAGUCUGUACCGGCGUCCUGACAGUUUGUCCUACAUUCGUAGCGGCUCCCAGUGGUGAUUAGGAAUUAGGCUGGGUUUGGUUUCGUCCAAUCAAAACUAAGAAUUGCUUGACAAGCGGUCAAAUCAACAAAUAGCUGAUCUGCUAAAGCAAGGUCACGCCCGCAGUGGGCGGGGCUUCAAUCCCAACCGCUGUCCGCAACAUGGAGUACAGAGCAUAGUCGGAUACUAUUGACAACUUGCCGCUCAUCAUCAGUUUGCCAAUAUUUAAUGAACACGAGCUCUUUUGAACUAGUAUUUCUUGAUAUUUAUUACUAAACGACUCCUUAACAGGAAUAUUUAUAUGCCGUUUCGACGUUUCAACCCGUUAACUACUGCAUCGCUGCCACGCUGAGAACAGUGUAAGGAGCUAACUUAAAAAAAAAAAAAAAA